AUGAAUUGGCAUCGGAUCAUCCUGGUGUUCCUAAUGACUCUUCUCAUGCAGUACAAUAAUCAUAUGGUCAGCUGCGUCAUAACAGAUGUACAACUUGUUGGAGGUCCAGUAUCUAAUAAAGGUACAGUAGAGAUCUGGCAAGAUGGAGGCGAUUGGGAGACGACUUGUGGAAUAAAUCUUGGAUUUAUUGACGUCAUCGUCAUCUGCAGACAGUUAGGGCUCGCAGGAGCAAGUCUAGCAAUGACGAAUACAACUUUUGGACAGAAUUCACCUCCUGGCAUUGGGUCAAAUUGUAACGGAAGUGAAGGUAGCCUGUCAGCAUGUCUUACAAUACUAGCUCCACCCGGGUGUUCUUCAGCAGGAUCAGCGUCUUGUCAUGGUGAUGGAUAUCUUGGAUGUUUUGUGGAUGUUGUGGGUAACAGAGUGUUAUCUGGCAGUAUGAAUAUGAGUCAAUCGAUGAGUAUUUCAUAUUGCAUCCAGUUCUGUCAAGACUCUACCACAUCUAACUAUACAUACGCUGGGGUCGAAAGUGGAAAUGAAUGUUACUGUGGAAAGGCCAGUGAUAACUAUACUAGGCAUGGAGUGGGAGUAGAUUCGGACUGUUCUGUUCCAUGUCAUGGAGACCCUACUGAGAGCUGUGGUGGUGGUAGUGGAUACAUAGCAGUCUUUACCACCGCCAUGACGACAACAGUGAAUACACCGACCAUGCCGACUACGGUAUUCGCUCCACUUUCGACGACAUCCAUUGUAACUUCAACCAACCAGGUACCCACAACAGAUAACGGGGAUAGAAUUUCAUCAUCAUCACCGCCACCACAACCACCAUCAUCAUCAUCCUCGCCAUCUUCAUCUCCUUCGUCAUCAUCAUCAUCAUCAUCGCCACCACCACCGUCAACAUCACCAAUACUUUCUUCAUCUCUUAAACCUCAAGGGACAUCCAAUCUUUAA